AUGAGUUUGGGAGUGGCGGAGGAUGAUUCCAGGACGGAAAUUCAUCUCCCAGCUGACAUUGAUUGGGAAAUGCUCGAUAAAUCCAAGUUUUUCUUCCUCGGCGCCGCCUUGUUUUCUGGCGUUUCCGGUACGUUGUACCCGACGGUGGUGUUGAAAACACGGCAGCAAGUGGUUGUGAAAGACACCCCUUGCUUCAAAAUGGCGAUAUCGAUUCUCCGACACGAUGGUUUGAGGGGUUUUUAUAGAGGAUUUGGAACGUCGUUAAUGGGUACUAUUCCGGCGAGAGCUCUUUACAUGGGUGCACUGGAAAUGACAAAGAGUAGCGUUGGUUGUGCGACGGUGAAGAUGGGUUUUACAGAGGCCAAAGCGGCGGCGAUUGCGAAUGCUGCGGCUGGAGUAACCGCAGCCAUGGCUGCACAAUUAGUUUGGACACCAAUCGAUGUUGUGAGCCAGAGAUUAAUGGUUCAAGGUAGUAAAUCUCUUAAUACAACCGCCAUGACUGGUUUCAAAUACACCGGCGGCAUUGACGCGUUCCGGAAAAUCAUCCAUCACGACGGCGUUCGAGGGUUAUACAGAGGAUUUGGGAUUUCGAUCUUGACAUACGCGCCGUCGAAUGCAGUGUGGUGGGCGUCUUACUCCAUGGCCCACCGCUCGAUUUGGGAUGGGAUUGGUAAUCAUUUGAAAAGAGACGGAAACGGUGGUGGUGGAGGAGGGGUUGGGUUUACGCCGGAUUCGAAAGCUGUAGUGGCGGUGCAGGCGGCGAGCGCCGCCGUGGCAAGUGGGGUUUCGGCGUUGGUUACGAUGCCAUUGGAUACAAUUAAAACGAGACUUCAAGUUUUAGACGACGGAUGUAAUGGGAAGCCGGGAAUAGGGCCGACGUUGAGGAAGUUGAUGACGGAAGGUGGAUUGAGUGCGUGUUACAGAGGAUUGGGGCCGAGAUGGAUUUCGAUGUCGAUGUCUGCAACUACAAUGAUUACCACCUAUGAAUUUCUCAAGAAAUUGUCUACUAAAAAUCAAGAUUCUUGUGGAUCCCUUCAAUGA